AAAUCAAAACAUUCAACAGAAAAUAGCGGCUUGUAGCGUGCCUGCUUAUUAAUUUAACUCAUUUUGUUUUAUUUACUUGUAAAUUUAAUGCUAUAUCCGCUAAAAGUGAGAGAGUAAAAGAAAAUUCAGUUUGAUUUGCAACAGCAGCAAAGUUUUCAACAUGGCAGAGUCCGGAAACAUCCCACAAAAGAUUCCGGUUCGCCGUCGUUCAUCACUGUUCCAGUCAGAGCAAGGGUCCUCAUCUGCUUCGCCUGUUCCAUGCAAACCAAGUUACGAAAAGCAGCUUAAAGACGAAAUCGACAGCUGGAACCGGCUGGUCCGGGACAAAGUGCACGAAAUCAACGAGUUCAAGAAGAACACCAUCGAACUGAAUGUGUCGCUGCUUUCGGAGGAACAACACCGGUAUUUGAGCGCCGGGCCUACCGUGGAUGCGAUCGUUCAGGACUCCAACGAUUUUACCCAACUGGUGGAACGGUACAUUCAGCGGAAAUCAUUCCUUGCCAGGCGGUACGAUGCUGUGCUGAAAGAAAGUCGCGCUCAAUUGGACAAUGCUGCGUUGGACGUUGUGGAGAAUGAAUUGCUUUCGAAGCCAAUAGAUUAGGCGGGUGUGAUUGUGGUAUUUUGUUGAUUUAAUUGUGUAAGAUUUAUUGUAUGUAGUUUUCUUUUUUGUAAAGAUUAUUUCCAAAUGCAUUUGUUUGACUAUUCUAACA